AUGGAGAAGAAGGGCGCUGAAGGAAGGAGAGGCGGUGGAGGGCCCAAGAAAAAGCCUGUUUUCUGUUCCGUCAAUGUCGGUUUGCAGUUUCCAGUUGGGAGGAAAGGUCAGUACCUGAAGAAAGGGAGGUACUCGCAGCGUGUUGGGACCGGUGCUCCAGUUUAUAUGGCAGUUGUGCUCGAGUACCUAGCUGCCAAAGUUCUAGAGUUGGCCGAAAAUGCAGCUCGCGAUAACAAGAAGAAUAGGAUAAUCCCAUGGCAUGUUCUGUCGACAGUGAGGAACAACGAAGAGCUAGGGAAGUUGCUUUCUGGUGUUACCAUUGCUCAUGGCGGUGCUCUUCCGAACAUCAACCCGAUUCUAUUGCCUAAGAAGACUGACAAGGCUUCGAAAGAGCCCAAAUCUCCGGCUAAGGCCACCAAAUCCCCGAGAAGGCUUAGCUGCUUUGUCAUUGAUUGCCAAUUUUAA